UCUUCGUAAAACUAGACUCACAUUUCGGGUCAAAACGAUCCACGUGAAGAAAGAGUUCAUCUUCUCGAACUUCACUGCCCUAAUCGCAACAUUUCCUCUUCAUUUUACAUGAAUUUCCACUCAUAACAUUCUCGCUCAGUAACAAUGGCGUUGUUAUUCAAGGAUCCGGCGAAGAUCUCGGCAUACAGAGAUAGAAGAUUCCCUGGAAAUCAAGAAGAAUUUGAGCAUGCGCUUAAAACUUCAACCACCGUUUACGUUGGGAACAUGUCGUUUUACACUACGGAAGAGCAAAUUUACGAGCUUUUUACACGAGCUGGUGAAAUUAAGAAGAUUAUCAUGGGUUUGGAUAAGAACACCAAAACUCCAUGUGGCUUUUGCUUCGUUUUAUAUUACUCUCGUGAAGAUACUGAGGAUGCUUGCAAAUAUAUAAGUGGGACUAUACUGGAUGAUCGCCCUAUUCGUGUUGAUUUUGACUGGGGAUUCCAGGAUGGAAGACAGUGGGGUCGCGGUCGUAGUGGCGGCCAGGUGCGUGAUGAAUAUCGCACUGAUUAUGAUCCAGGUAGGGGUGGAUAUGGAAAGUUGGUUCAGAAAGAGUUAGAAGUACAAAGGCAUCUUGUAGACUACGGCACUGGUUCUUUGGGAUCUUUUCCGCCAGUUAUUCCAUCUUCGUAUGGUAGACAUGGUGGUGGCCAUGGUCACGGUGGUUCCUAUAGGCAUGGCAGAGGAGAUUAUCAAAGGAAGAGAUACAGAGACGAUGACCGCUACACACAUGAGCCCUCAAAAAGAACAUCAGAUCAUGAAUCUCGAAGGAACUCUGACCAUAAGAACUCUGACCAUGAAUCUAGACCAGAAAAAAAUCCACGGUUUCGGGAGAGUGGUGAUUCUGAUGAUGAGGAGGAAGAUGAUCGUAAAAGACGGGGUUAACCAGAAUGUCAUACUCAAUCAAGCUGAUAUGCAUUGAAAGUUUUUCUUCUGGCAUGAUGAUAAGUGGCAAAUUGUUGUACAUCAUUGCAAAUUGCAAAAAAGUUACUGUUAGCUUAACCUUAUGAUAUUCUUGGCUACAUCUGCUGCAUGUGGCAGUGCUAAAUUGUGUCUUGUAGCAAUAGUUUUCUUAUGCCUUGUUUUUUCUCAUAAUUAGAAUUAGUUAACUUUCCGGAUCUGUAUGCACAAGGCAUCAGCUUAUUAGGUAAAUGAUGUGGCAUUGAUCCUGUUUGAUUAAUCUGGCAGUGUGUGUGCGUGAUAUAUAGCUUGCUGGCCUUCACAAUGUUAAAAUUACUUAAAAUGCAAUUUUAUUGAAA